AACUGCACAAUCAUCUCACCGCCAGCGCACUGACCCGCCUUUUCUAGUUCCUUCAACAUGAUGGGAGACCGUAAGCGUCGCUCCAUGAUGCCACCACCAACGGAUCUGUACCCCAGCGGGCGCUCCAAUAUCCCCAUGCCAGCCACUGCAAAGAAGCCUCGCCAGACAGGGCGCAUGUCGAUGGCUGGCCCAGCUCUGAGAGGGCCACACCAAGUCACGUCACAGAUACCCGGUACCAACCCACGUCAUUCGAUGUUGAAGUCUCAGAAUGUGAACCCCCUUCUUCAAAGCGUGAGCAAAUCUCAAUACGGCCGUACUCCAUCACAUAGUACGCGAAGAGUGUCGACAUGGGGUGGACAAGGCGGCCCCCUUAUAGGCAGCCAAGGAUCUAUCAAAGACAGCCGUCCGCUCAGAGAGCGGCCAUACCAAGCCAAAAUGCGGCAGGAGGUCGUGACGUGGUUGACCAGCAACGGCUGCGAUGUCUCUUCUCAGAUAUUGCAAAAUAUCACAAGCAAGGAUUUCCGCGUGGUGUUCCAGCAUCUAGUCUGCAUCGUCGAUCCUGAAUGGUCAUUCAAUCCAGAUCAAAGAUUUGAGGAGCAAUUCAUGCAUCUGUUACGGGAGUUCCAUUAUUCUUAUUUUGGACAGCUGGACAUUAAGACCCUGGCAACCCCCGGCGCGAUGCACACAUGGCCGUUGCUAUUGGGUGUGCUGCAUUGGCUAUCAGAACUCGGUAAAGAGCGUCUGCAUUAUCUCGAUAGCCAAGAUCCAACCUUGCAGGACUCAUCACUGAUACCCAAUGAAUUCGAUGAUAUCGAUCACCACCAAGCACUCGCUAUCGAUCAUUAUGCACGCGCAUAUCAAGUCUUCCUCGAUGGCAAAGAUGUCUUUCCCGAUCAGGAACGGAUUCUAGAGGAUCGUUAUGCGCGCAAGGACGAGCAAGUCGUUGCGCAACUGGAUGUACAGAGAGAAGAGUUUAAGCAGUUCCAAAUUGAGCUUGAGAGUCUUGAAAAAUCGCCGGCACCCGUGGAGGAACUGAAGAAGGAGAUUGGGUUCAUCAAGCGGGACAAAGCGAAAUUCGAGGAAAUUCUGCGUCGGUGUGAAUCGAAGAAGAGAAAACUGACCGACACCUUGACACGAGAGAAAACUGAGCUAGCCUAUUGCGUCUCCAACUUGGAAAAGCUGCAAUCAGAGGAACUGAGGCUCAUCGGAAUCGUCAAAGAACAGAAUCUAACACCAGAAGAAGUUGUUCGCAUGAAUACUGAACAUGAGACGCUCUCUCGUGAUCUUGAGACACUCAAGCACAAGAUCAACGAGACGAACCAGGUAGUCAUCAAGCUUGAAGUCUCUCUUACAAGAAAAGUCUCGGAUACCGAAGAAGCGUUGGACGCAUAUAGCAACCUGCUCUCCAAUCUAGGCCUCUUUCCUCCCCUCCCUCCGCCUCUGCAGGACAUGGACUUAAAUCUGGAUCUCAAUCCGGCAGCAUCCAAUCCUCUGAACCUGCUGUCGGGCGCGGAUAUCAGGAAAGUCGUCAAGCCCACGCUUAGCCGCGUAGCGGAGAUGAAGAGGGCGGAGCGCGCCAACGUGGAAAGCGAGCGGAUCAAAGUGGAUAACGAGGUCGACCAGCUGACACUGGAAUGCGAAAACAUGGACGAGGAAGUCGUGGAGAUCAGCAACAAGGUCAACGGACUGAACGAUCAAGCCGACGAAUUACGCGAGGCGGCACAACAGGAAGCAGUAGUUAGUAACGCGGAAACUGCGAGACUAGAACGAGAGUUAGCCCAAGCACGUACAGCUGCGAUGGCGAACGGAGUAGGGGUGAAAUCACGUUUGCAGGGACUUCAGAUUGCUUUUCGAGAACAAGUUGACAAAGUCAACCGGCUCAAGGACGAGACUACGCGCGCAAUCAUCAAGAACAGCAGUGAUAUUGUGCAGUUCAAGGAAGAAGUAUCAAAACAACUCAAGCAUCUACGGGACUUUGCAGAAGCGAAUUGAUAACUCCUCCUUGAACGGUUGUGUUAGUACCAUCGGAUGCCAAUCCGCCAUUAGUCAGUGCUUCCUCACGCAUCGUGCUGAGGUUAUACUAUUUAUCUUCUACAUGUGUGUUGAUUAUGCAGUCCUUGGCCAUCUCACCAGAGCCUUUUGUGCC